GUUGUGUUUUGGUAUAGGAGUCUCUCUGGUUCAAACGAGCAAUAGUCGCUAUCUGUCAGUGUAGUUUCCCGUAAAUUGUAGAUCCUACUUCACCUAGAUGCAAUCUUCGACGAAUCCAGAAUGUAUACCAUCGUUAGAAUUUCCCGAGAUACCAAACAAAGACGAAUUAUUGGUAAGUUAUAACUUGUUUUUAAUUUUGUACUUUCAACUACAAAAUUUUGAUAGUUGGAAAUUAAAAAUAGUCGUUCAAAUUCUUUUUACUUAUAACUAACUUAUUGUUUUUUUUUCUCAUUCACAAAUUGAAUUCACCAUUCAAUACUGACUAUAACUAUUGUUUUCUGGUAGCUUAUCUUUGAAGCAGCCUCGAAUAUGUUUUCGAUUUUAAUCUGAAUUUAGGAGCCUGCCAAUAAAUCUUAAUCAAACAGUUUCUAAUGAAAGAAGAAUUUGUUUACAAAAGGGCCACAUUCAAAGUUAGGGCUCAUUCCAAAGAAAUCAAUCAGAAACGCAGUGGUUGUCAGAAUUUUAUGCCAAGUACUGGGGUACAAAUGAUUACCUCACAUUCAUCCAAACCUUCAGCUGUGUUCUAAUUGUUGCCAACUACCAGUUUUAACAAUUUCUAUAACAAAACAAAGUUUGUAGUGUUUAUUUCUGGUAUAAAUACAAGGAUAGCAGAUUUAUUAAUUAUCAGUAUGCAUAAGAUACCCAGGUUUCGUGUUGAAUGCCGUUUAAGAAAGUUUCCCAGACCUAAUGUGGCUUUCAUGAUACUCUUUGUCACUCUUAAACUAGGGAGGAACCCAGUCCAGGGCCCAUUUGUAUAAAGGGUGGAUAACGCUAUUCAACAGAUAAAUCACUAUCCAGCGGAUAAAUGAUAACAAAACAUACAGUGUUAUCCACUGGAUAGAGAUUUAUUCAGUGGAUAGCGUUAUCUGACCCUCAAUCACCUAGGACCAGAAGAAUAAAGCAAAUGUUAAUUUAAUUGGGCAAUACUCAAACAUUGAACUUGCUCACUGUCGCAUUUGAUAGCAUUACUGCUUGCCAUUCAAAGCAGAUGGUAGCGCUGAGUGCUCAUUAUUGUAAGAGUUUUGACAAAUUCUGACAUCCUCAUUAAUGAUACUUAGGAUAUAAAAUCUGACUUGAGUUGAACAUUCAGUUGAUUUUGAAAUCAGACAUAUUAUUUCAGAUCUACUCUCACUCCACUGAGUUCAAUUACUACUGUGUUUUUACAUAUCACAAACAGCCAUCUAUGAUUUACAUUGAUAAUAGGGAGAUGUUGUCAUGGAAACAUGCUUUAAAAUUUGUACUAUCACUUAGUGCUGAUCUUAUUAUAAAAAAUCUCACACCUGGGCAGGAAACGGAAAUCAUAAUUAUAUUAGACAGAGACUGAUUGAUUAUGGUUUUUAUUUUCCACAGGAUUGGACCUACUCUAAGAGACGAGAAAUGCAGGUAAAUGUACAUUUUAGUUUAUUCACUGACUUGAUCUCACUCUUUAAUUUUUUUUUCCAGAAAAUUUAACUGCAAGUAAUGAACUCCAAGUACCAGUAAUACAUGAUAUUAUUUAAUAUUAACCAUUUCAUUUAAUUUCUAUUUCUUUUCAAGGAAAUUGUUCCAGGAGUUUAUCUUGGUCCAUACUCCGCAGCAAUGAAUAGCAAAGUAAGUACACUCAUUUUAGAAAUGAGAAAUAGAAUUGUGACAGUUAAUUAUAAUCAUUACUAGUAAAACAUGGUAGCAAGAUCCUAUAUCCUGAAUAUAUAAAACUCUCCUCAUGCAACAGAAUUUUCUAAGAUAUAAUUACUGACAAUAAACACAAUAGAGGAGAUGCUAAAACUGAUCAUUUUUUAUUUAGCUAAACAAAAAAGUGUUUUGGCACAUAAGAAAGUUUUUAUGGGCUGUGCUUAAUAUAGCAUUCUGCUUAGCAGACUUUCAACUCAGUCAUUGCCAAUAACUAUGUCACAUGGCAAAUACUAAGAUGUUCAUAGGAAUUCAGACACCCUGUGUUACAAUAUUAGUUACAAACUAUUAUAAUUAUUGCAAUCUAAUAUUAAGACUUUGUCAUUAUUGAGUCAAGUUGUAUUAAUUGAAAUUGAUGUUUUUCACUUGAAAUUUACAGUUAGAAGUUUUAAAGCAAGUUGGAAUCUCUCAUGUUGUUUGUAUACGACAGAAUAUUGAAGCAAACUUUGUUCGCCCUAACUUUCCUCAACACUUUAAGUGAGUGAAGUUAACUUAAUAAACUUUUAUAUUCCAACAUGACUGUAUAUAAAAAAGAAUGUAUCCUUUCCCAACGGAAAUUAUUAUCAAAUGUAGUAGUGGAUAAAAUUGCCAAUGAGUGUAAUGUCAAUUUAGGUGGUUUACGGAGAAAUUCUUCAAGGUCAAGCCUUUUUGAAACAAUUAUAAUAUGAUUCUGUGUCAAUAGCCAUUUCUUGCGAUCAUUAUUACAUUGCAGAUAUUUGGUAUUAGAUGUAGCAGACUCACCCACAGAAAAUAUUAUCACACAUUUUCCUAAGGUAUUUAGCUGCUAUGUAUUGAUUUGUUAAUUGUGCUUUAUCAACCCUUUUUAACCCCUUAGAGUGACUAAGAACUAAUUUCUCGUUACCAUAUCACCCCUGAAUCAAACACUAAGGCUAGGAGAGUAUUAAGGAAAUGAUCACCAACUAAAGAAGCUCUUGAUUGUUAAACAAAUUCUCCUUGUCAGCACCUUAGCAAAUGUAUGAAGAAACGUAAGGAGAAUGUGCAUACUGAUGUUAGAGUGUAAUGGGUUAAGGAAUCCUUGAGGUACAUGAUGAAUUAGGAAAAUCUCUUGUUAUGAUUGUUCCAUUGAAAAGAAGACGAAAGAGCCAAUAUGGAGAAAGAACCGUAUUUAAUUUAAUAACACAAUUUGAUGUAAAAUAAAAAGAAACCACAUUGGCAUUUGGCCUUACCAGUGUUCAAAACAAACAGAAAAUUAACUGUAAUGACCUGGCAAUCAACUGAAAAUUUACUUCUUGACUGCCUCUGUACUUGUGGUAAAUCACUGAUUAGCAAUAUUACGAUAACUGGUCAUCUUAGUUGCAACUGAACUGAACAACUAGAUUACACGUUUAAAUUAAACGUUUUACGAGACAAAUAUUGCAAUAAUUAUUGUGAUAUAUGAAUUCAAACAGAGUGUGAGCGGAAAAGUAAACAGAAAUAGCGCAUGCCUGAAAUUUAACCAUUAAUUUUAAUAAAAUGAAUGUUCAUUGAUACAAUGAUGAUAAUAAAUUAAUAUGACUGUUUUUUGUCUUUUAACCAGGUGAAAACUUUUGUUGACAGCUGUUUAAGUAGUGGAGGUCAGUUAGAAAUUUAACACAGACUUCUUCAUUGUUUGUUUUGUUCAUUUAUCUGACACUUUAUCUAGUGUGAACUGUUCACCAAGUAACUUUUUACUUCCAAAUUUGAUUUACUUGCAAUGUCUCCCUUCAGUAGCAAUGCAUCAUCUUGAAAACAACUUAGGAGAAUAGGAAAAGUCAUCAGCCAGUAGAAAGUGUCAUUUUGAUAUGACACCAAGGUCUCUUAACUGAUGUGCAAUGAGGCAAUUUAUAACUGCAAGAAGGGAGAAUUGCUGUUAAAUCAGAUCAUGGGAGUUAGAGUUUUAGGCCAAUAACUUGACGAGCCAAGUUCAUUGGUAAAAAUUUAUUUUUAAUUAAUUUUUAUUCUGAUUACUAUUUAUUCUACUAUUUGUUAGGAAAAGUUCUUCUCCAUGGAAAUGCUGGGAUAUCUAGAAGGUUAGCUCCUGUUUUUAUCUCAAAUUGAUAAAUUAACAGUUUAAAACUACUUUUUUUUCUAGACCUACUAGCUAAAAGUCAACACUAAACUAUGGUAAAGUGAUAAUAAACUUGAUUAGUAACAACAAAUAAAUUUUUUUCAGUGCUGCAUUAAUGAUUGCUUUCAUUAUGGAAACAUAUGGAUUAAACUAUAGGUAAGUUAAACCUCUCUAUGAAUAAGCACUUGUUUAAUAGUUAUGAAUAGAAAGUUUUUUCAAUGAGCAGUGCUUUGUUUUUACUUCUUACUCUGAGCCUUGGCCAACACCUCUGUAAUUUGUAGCUGUAUCUAGAAAGAUGACAGCAAACCUUCAGACAAAAAAUUGACAUUUUUAUUUUUGCAGUUCACAUGAUUAUAUAGUGGGAUGCCUAGACAUGUGAUUGAAGGGUUUAUAAGACAGUGUAUUCAUUUCAUGUGGGUGAAAUAUGGACUUAUCAUGUUUCGUAGUAAGGUCUAUAUAUGGAUAUGGAGUGUUAAAAGAAUAAGAAAGGGGAGGGAAGGGUAGGGAAAGGCAAGAGAACCUAUUGUGCCUUUUCCACCCCUGGUAAUUUUUAGAGAACUUGCCUAUUUGAGUUAUGUGCUCUAUGGAGUUUAUUCCUGAAAGAAGUUGUUGAUCUGCUAGGUACACUUGCAUUGUACACAAUUGCAUAAUUCUCCUUACAUGUAAGUCAUUUUGUUUGUAAUAUUUCAUUGUCUCUUAUAGAGAUGCAUUUCAUUAUGUGCAGCAAAGAAGAUUCUGUAUUAAUCCCAAUGAAGGUUUUGUUCAACAACUAAUGGUAAGUGAUGAGUUUGUGGGCUGUGCACACAUCACACAAGUCAUUUUUAUGAGACACAAGGGCAGUCAGUGUUGAUACUGCCUUAUAUUCCUACUCUGCAUGCUGUUUAUCAGGGACUCAAUCUAUAGAAACACUUUGAAUACUUACUUUGUGUUGAAAUUUAUGGCUUGCAGGAAUAUGAACCAAUUUAUUUAGCCAAUUAUCAGGCAAGAAAAUCAGGAGAAAGAUUAAAUCAGUGUAAGGAAUAUUAUGUUUACAAAUAUUCACUAAUUUAAUGUGUUAUUGCUUGUCUGUCAAACCAAUUGUGAUCUUUACAUCUACUCUAUCCCUUUCCACAAUUUUCUCGAGAAGGUAUGCAAAGCAAACAGGUUGUCUUGAUCCAGUUUCACACACAAAUUUUAGAAAAUUGAUGUGUCACAUGUACUUUGAACAGUACCUUAUGUGUCACAAAUUUAACCCUUUAACUCCCAGAUCAAAUUUUUAAUUCUCCUUACAGUCAACCAAACAAUUCUUUUAAUGUUUGACUUUUCCCAAAAAAGGGCUAUAGGGUGAAACCCAAACAUGAGAGCCUGGUCGAAGAUCUCAUUAGUAAUUCCCCUUACUGUCUGCCAAACAGUUUUUGUGAUGUUAGUUUGGAGAAUUAUGCUCCAAUUAUCUAGUUGAUAUUGUGUUGAUAUUGUAAGUAGAAAUUCUGUCCUGGUCAAUCAUGGGAUGUAAAGUGUUAAAAGGGAAAUUGCCUUUAAUCUCUCUUCUUGUUUGUAAGGAUUCAGGGAAGUAUUGAGGUUUUCACAGAAAGAAAAAAAAUUUCACUGGUCACAUAUGUUCAGGAGGUAAAUCACCUCUCAUACUGGCUCAUAAAUUCAUGAAUCAUGCUCACCUUUUGGUAAAAUUCAGGCAUCAAGAAUUAAUUUUGGCCCGAAUGAUUCAUCACCUUCACACCCUUUGGCACCCACUCUAUGGUUGAUAUGACAGUUGAAACAAGGCUGGGAACAAGAAACUAACUUUAACUUGACAAGAUGUUCUAAAAUUGAGAGAAACUCUUUGUAUACAUUUAUUUGCAAAAUCAUCUGAACAUUAAAACAUUAAUUGUUGGUAAAAAAUUUAGGAGACAAAAUAGUUUUAGGCAAAACCAUUGACAUGAUAAUUUUUUUCUCACAUAGCUGGUGGGGUGAAGCGAGCUCAUGAGGAUGAACCAAGAGAUGACAUGAUGGACACGUGAUAACUGUUGUUCCAUGGCAGAGUUGAUUUUGCUAAGUACCAGGUAAGAAUUAAUGAAAGUGGUGUCUUUGACCCAUAAGACUAACAUCCUAUUUCUCCCUACAAUAUCAUCUCCAAAUCAAGCAUUAAAGUUACAAGAAUAGAGGGGAUGUCACCAACUAAAGAAGCUCUUGAUUGUUAGACAAAUUCUCCUUGUCAUUACCAUUGGAAAUGCCAAGAGAACAGUGAUGAGAAUAUGGAUACUAGUGUUAAGAAAAUUUAAAUUCAAGAUUACCAGGGCAUACUUUGUUAUAAGCUGUGAUAAGCUGGGUCAGUACUUUAAAACUUGAUAUGAAAAAAAUAUUUUGAUUAUUGACAGAUGAUUUCUUUCUAUUCCAGUAAACAGAAGCACAAAGUAACGUGUGUACAAAGGCAGCAUCUCUGAUGUUCAUAGGGCAGACAGUCCAGGCAGAUGGCCAUAACACAAGAUCUGAUCUUCAGAAGGACAUUGGCCCAAAUUGCAUCAGUUAGCUAUAAAUUUAAUAUAUGGUUACAUACAUCAAAAAUGCAAAGAACUAGUUGGUAAAUGUUAGGCAAUUUUAUCAUCAUCCGUAGCUGCCUUUUCUUUGAACUGUUAAGGACUAUGUUUUUUUUCAGUGAAAUCAUUAAUAGGGCAUUGUUUUAAUUAAUGUUAAUGAAAUUACUAAUAUUUACCAGACCGAGUGUUGUAUUACGGUAACUUUUUAACUCACAAACUUUGAUUGUCAAUUCUCUUUCUCACUGGUACACAUUUCCUUCAAAAAUUUGGUUUUAGAUCAAGAUAACAACUUCUACUUGAUAAGUUUGUGUGUUCUCAUUCCCCUGAAUAGUGUUUGCUUAUUGGUUGCUCUGUUUCCUUUUUUGUGCAGAAAAACGCAAAUUUAUAAAUGAGUAUUUUAAAACGAUUUAUUUUUCAACUGUUAAGUGACUGCGCCUACCUAGGCUGGACUAGGAAUCGCAGAGGAAAGCAGUAUAUUGUGGGUUAUCGGAUGGCGAGGAUUGAUGUAGAUGUUUUCAUGUUGAUUUUUUCGUUAAAAACAAGAGCUACAGGCGAUGAUUAAAAAAUUUGUUAAGUGUUUUUAUUUUAAAAGAUCGAUUUCUAACAAAUAAAAUCCUAGAAGUGACUCAGCUUACUAUCU